CACGGUCCAGUUGCCAUACCAAAAAACCCCUGCACUUGGACCCACUGUUACAUUUAUUUAGGGGGGGGAGAGUAGCUAGCGGCCUCAGUAGGUUAGCACGGUCGGGAUAACGUUGACCUGAAUACGAAUUGUGGUUAGCGUGCUGACUCGAGCAAGGACGCUGCCCAGUCGGAGAUAAGGUAAGACCACGCCUCAUAUAGUAUAACCUCCUGUCCUUCACGAUGCUCCUGCUACAAACUAUCCGGCCAUCCAUCCCACUAACUUCAGUUCGUUCUUCCGUUGCAACUCUGCUUCAAAAAGAAACUGGGCAAGAUGGUGACCACGACUCUGGAACCGCAAUGUUCGGGGGUAAGCACGAAUAAAGGAAGACGAAAGCCUCACAGGAAGUCUCGUAAGGGUUGUGCUUGCUGUAAAAUACGAAGAGUGAAGUGUGAUGAGACCAAGCCGGUAUGCAAGAAAUGUGUAGCGUUUGGAGCCACUUGUACCUAUGAUCGGAAGGCAGCGGACCUCCAGAUGUCCUUCGAGGGCACAGGAACUAUCAUCAACACGACGAAUCUACCGCCUACAACAAAGUACACCUUUAUCAACCUGAAUAAAGUCCCCAGUUUUCAAUACCCCGUAAUUCAAGACAAUGAUUUUACCUUGAGGCUGGACAGCAUGGGCAUGGAACGACUCGGCCGUUUCUUCAAGAGGACAGCAUUAUCCAUCGGCACAGCAAAAGCUGGUCACAUCUUCCAGGAUAGCACGCUCGGCAUUGCCUUCACGCAUCCAUACUUGAUGCACGUCAUUCAGACCAUAACCGCGAUCCACGAUCGCUAUAUCACUGGCCCUGCUGCGUCACACUCAACACUAGAAGAAGUGUUCCACCUAUCUCAAGCCGCCGCUCUGUUCAACCAAAAGUUGUCCGGCCCAAUCCAUCCAGAUGACCGAGACGCUCUUUGGGCAACAGCAGGCCUCUUAAGUCAAAUUGCCUUUGCAUUCGUCGACGCAUCAACACCAGAAGAAGCGUGGCCCCUCAAAGGACAAGAUCCGACUGAUCUUGAAUGGAUCGCGAUGAGCGAGAACAAGAUGGCCAUUUGGGAAAUCGCUAAUCCCUUGAGACCGGAAAGCAUCUUCCAUGGGCUUGUGAUGGACCUAGUGAGACUUGACCAGCUUUGUGGUCCUUCCGAACCAAACAUUGCGAAUCUCCCACCUCUCUUCGUCAAAGUCUUUGAGCUCGAGAACGAAUCGAUAGCGGAGGCCUGUCCAUAUCGCACGAGUGUUCUGCUGCUAUCUUCGCUGAUGCCGAUUGAAUGCACCCGGGACACGUUGGUCAAAUUUCUGGGAUUCGCAAGUCAUAUGAAUCCGAAAUACAAAUUGCUGUUGACACAGAAAGACCCGAAGGCACUCUUGUUGCUCGCCUAUUGGUAUGCGAAGGUCUUGAAUUCGGUGUGGUGGCUUGAUCGACGGGCGACAAUGGAGUGUCAGGCGGUAAUUAUCUACCUGGAGAGAAAUCACCCAGAUGAGGAGGAUAUAUUGGAACUGCUGAAGUUCCCAAAGGAACGCUGUGGAAUGUGGCGUAAGGGGCUGGGAAUACUGCGGCAUUGUUCGAUGUAGAGUUCCAAGCAAGUCAAGUGUAUUCUGCGAUUCGUGCCUUCCAAAAAAUAGCAAGAGAACACACGAAUCAAAGGAUGAGAUAUCGAAAUGCCUUCCACAUCAAGGCUGGGGUCCUCCGGGAUACUUUUGGCUUUUAUCAGACAGUUAACUCGAGCGAGCCGGGGUCCAAACCCAUUGGAACCGACUGUUCCUGCCCCUCAGAACCUUAUCUCUGGGCUCUGUUUUGUUGCACAUCGAUCAAAUAAACGUUCCCAGGGUCCAUGCUACCUCAGCCAAAGAUAUAAACAGGUGGGGAUAUUGUUGGAGCUGUAUGGCCUCUGAUUUGAUGGUUGCUUAAAUCGGGU